AUGGCGGACCCUUUGAUGGAAAUUUCUCUCCCAUGCGAAAAUAUUUGCAAAAUUGUAAAAUUGAAGGUGAAACCGAAAGCUUCGGUUGCUAAAGGUACUAUCAUCGCAACCUACAGUCUUCAUGGCAUUGGGCAGGCUGACAGUCAUAAAGAUGAGAUUCUGAAAUUUAAGUCAGAUAACUUCGGAACUGUCGAGGAGUUGAUGGUCAGCGAAGGAGAUGUGGUUCAACCGGGGACUACAAUCAUAAAGUUGGCUAGCUGCACCCAUCCUACUGUCAUGAAGGACAUGUGUGCGGAGUGUGGAGCUGAUCUCAGAGAGGCACAGGGCUUGCCAGGGCAACGGCGACAAACAUCCACAGCUUCUGUUGCCAUGGUGCACAGCAUUCCAGAGCUUCAAGUGAGCAAAGAGGUUGCCUACCAGUUAGCCAAGUUGGAUGAAGGGCGGCUGUUGAAGAGUCGUAAACUGGUGCUGGUUGUUGAUCUUGACCAAACUAUUAUCCAUACCACAAUGGACAACAUUGCACCGGACCUACCGGGCGUGUGUCACUUCCAGUUGUGGGGCUCUGGGGCACGCCACCCCUGGUACCACACCAAGAUGCGACCGGGCUACAAGGCCUUCUUGCAGAAGGCUUCCUCUCUGUAUGAGCUUCACAUCUUCACCAUGGGGGCCCGCCUUUAUGCCCACACCAUCGCUGCCUACCUGGACCCUGAGAAGAAGUACUUCUCUCACAGAAUCCUCUCCAGAGACGAGUGUUUUGAUCCCAAUUCAAAGACGGCGAACUUGAGGUCAAUCUUCCCGUGUGGAGACAACAUGGUGGUCAUCAUCGACGAUCGAGAGGAUGUUUGGAACUAUGCCCCAAAUUUGAUAAUGGUCCCACCCUACAAAUAUUUUGAGGGUACUGGUGACAUCAAUGCCCCUCCUGGUCUGGCAGACUCCAAAGGGGUACUGGGCAAAGAAGAUCCACCAUCUGAGAAGGAGAUUGAGGAUUCAGCGAAGGAGUCUGAGGUUGAGGAAGGAACGGAUUGCACUCAGACCAAGGAAGCUUCCGACGUUGAGAUGGAUGUUACAGUAAGCGACAAGGAGUUGAAGUCAUCUGAGGAUAAAGACAAUCCGUUGGAAAAAGAAACAAACGUUAAAGAUGGUGACGCGGGGAGCAAGACAACCAGUGAAGACAAAACUAAGGAAAACGGUAACCAGAAUUCUCAAGUGAAGAAGGUGGUGCCCGAAGAGGAAAGUGGCGAUAGUGACGAUUAUUUCCUCUACCUUGCGGACAUCCUGAAGCAAAUCCAUAAAGAAUUUUACGAUGCAUAUGAUCAUCUGCAAGAGCAGCCUGAUUUAAAAAUUAUCCUGCCGUCGUUGAGACAGAAGAUUCUGACCGGUGUGAAUUUGGUUUUUAGCGGUGUCUUCCCGACGAAUAUCAAUCCUGAACAGAGCAAAGCCUGGAAAGUUGCAUCUCUGCUUGGUGCUCACAUCAGUCCGAACAUAAUAUAUAAGGCAAAGGGAUCCACAAGUCCCAGCAAUGCAACCACACAUGUCAUAGCUGCUAAGGCUGGUACCUCCAAGGUACACGCCGCCCAGCGAGCCAAGAACAUCCACAUUGUGACACCAGAGUGGCUCUGGUGUUGCUGGGAGCGCUGGCAGCGUGUCGAUGAACGCUUAUUUAAACUGUUCUCAGGUCACGCGCGACCAGACUCAGCUUCCCUCUCAAGCAGUCGGGCCAGCACGCCGUGUACCAGUGACAGUGAAGCGAUCCGCAAACUGGCGCAGGAUAAAUUUCUAAAGAAGCACAAAUCAAAACAGGCAGGUAAAGCCCGAGCGAUCUCCGACGGGGAGGAGUAUGCAAAACGGCGUAAGCUCUCGCCAGAUUCAAAGACUGACACCAUCCAGUCCUCGAAGUCAAGAACCAGUGGCAAACAGCGCCAGGUUAGUCUGUCCUCAGAGUACAAUCCAGUGUUCAGCUUCUCGUCGGAGGAAUUGGAAAGCAUGGAUAAGGAAGUGGAGGGGAUCUUUGAAGAGAGCAGCAGUAGCAGCAGUAGUGACUCGGACAGCGGCAACUUGAGUAAGCAGGAAAGCCUCGGGAGCAUCACUCAGGCAAUCUCGUCCUCCAGUGACGAGAGCCUGACUGCCGAGAAUCCUCUCGGAUGGACAAAGAAGCAGCUGAACCAGGAGAAUGAGUCGGACCAUGAGUCAGGCUCAGAGGACAGUAGCUCGAGUGCUGGGCUGAGUGACUCAGACCCGAGUAGUAGCGAUGAGGACAGAAUGGCUGCAGAAAUUGAUGACCUGCUCACGUAUAGUAAAAGCUGAAGGAAGGGCAAACAUCUUUUUGACAGCAUGAGGACGCUGUUCAGCAAAAUACCACCUUAACUAUGCUUUAACCUUGAGGGUCGUUGGAGCACCACUAGGCACCAAAAACUUGGCAACAGUUUUUCUCUGUGUUUCUUGUCCUCCACUGUCACUUUUUGAUGUUGUCAUAAAAUUCAUUGUACAUGUACAAUCAAAAAGAUGCUUAGAAGAAAAAAGGUCCAUUUUAGAGGGUGUGCAAAACAGUUGUAGGAUUGAAAAUGUUCACAAAUGUCAACGUUUAACUUACAUGACUUUCGUGUAAAGAUGGUCAUGGUGAAAUUACAGAUGUUUUGUAAAGCCUAUUUCACACAGACAAACUCCUCUGGAAAGUUUAUUUGACCUAUUCCCGCUUGAAUUGCCGACCCUUGCAAACUCCAAUGGAAAAGCAAUUUGUUUCCCAGUAAAUAUCUACCCCUGCUUCUUGGGAGUAAGGUUAAACCAGACAACCCAGGAGUUGAAUCAUACAUAGCGUUAAACUUUCCUGGACAAUUUCAUCAAAUUAAUGUGAAUGUUGUGAAAUGAACAAGGGGUGCUGGUGGGGUUAAAUUCCCCAGGUAUUCCCUAGGGUUAUAUUCCCUGGGAAUUUAGCCAAUUGGUGUGAAAAGGGGCUUACAAAUUGCAAAUCUUUCCUUGUCUUUCUCACAAUGAUAUGUACAUGUACGUGUUUAAGGUUUCUGCAGACUCGAGAAUUAGUACUUUUUUAGAAAAGAGUAAUUAACAAUGUCACAAAAAUGAGACGAAAAUCAUUCAAGCAUGUAGUACAACGAAAAACAUUUCUCUGUGAUUUUUUUCUCAAAAACUUGACAAAAUAAUAAUGAAGCUGAAAGUUCUACAGAAAUUAUAUUACAUUCUCAAUCAUUGACAGUAGGGAUUCAUGUCAUGGCCCAUAACUUGAUCUACAAAAGGUAUCAAAACCCUUUUAAAACAUAUAAAACAACUUUCAUUAAGUAGUGUUUGGCUUUUAAAAAGGUAGGAUCAUUGUUUGUUAAUGACCUUGAUAAAACAUUGUUUAAUUUUCAUCCUGUUUUGUUAAAAGAAUUGUAAUGGCAGAAAAACAUCCUGCGAAAUUAUUUGGUCAAAAACUAGAAUCUCCAAAGAUUGCUGAAUGCCUUAGGCAAAUUUUGGAGAUUCAACUUUCCCUGGUGUGUUUGUGAAUGCUGCAGCUAGCGAUGUGGUUGGUACUCGCUGUCACCUCACUAAACAUUCAAUGUUCUUUAAUGAAAACAUCGCAACAGUUUUUUGCUGUGUUCUUAACAAGUGGACACUGUAUUCAGAUGAGACUAUCACUUUUCUGGUAUUGUUCUUGAUACUUUGCCCUGAAAAUUAACAUAACGUUGACAAAAACCAACGUUGACCCCAUCUUUAAGAACUUGUAUAAUUUGUAAAAUGUGUAUUGUGGUGUUAAGUGUACAGAAGGUGGACCUCUUCAAAUAUGUAAAUAUAUUUGCAAACAUUAAAUUUAGUGUAAUGUGUAAAUUGAAAUAUAGAAUGUCCCGAUAUUUUGAUAUAUAGAAUUUUGAUUUUUCUAUGGAGUAUUCUUUGUGCAUGUUGAAGUUUAGGAAUCUAUUGGUUUCCAUGACGGUGUAAAUAUCUAGUAAUAUUUUCCGAGCUCCUUUGAGCCGGGCCUUGAAAUUUACUCCAAGGCCAGUAAUUUUAGCAUCGGACCAGUAGAUAUCUCAUGACCUUAAUUUUAUACACACUGUAGGUCCGGUAAUAAAUGGAUAACAACACAUCACAGUGUUAUAUCUUAAGGAAAAGUCUAAAACAUCAAAAUGCAAACCAGUUUUUAAACUGAAUCAAUAUUACUGCAAGCCCUGUUGAACCAUUUUGAUUAAACACUCAAAGAAAAUAUACAAGUGUUGGUAAUCGUAACAACCAUGUUUAAUUAUGUAUUAUCAGGGACCUUUUGGAGAAAAAAGGAAAUAAAAUAAAACCAUGAUAUUAUUUCCAUAUAAAUCUCUGAUCAAUGAAGUGUAUCAUUUUUUACUAUUUUAAAGGAACUGGACACCUUUGGUAAUUGUCAAAGACCCGUCUUCUCACUUGGUGUAUCUCA